AUGGAAGAACCUAAUAAUUCUGAUUUGGGAUGUGAUCCAAAACCCCAAGUCCUAUAUCGUUGCAAAAAAUGUCGAAGAAUUGUUGCUUCACAUGAACAUAUAGUUCCUCACAAGCGUGGGGAAGGACAAAAAUGUUUUAAAUGGAGAAAGAGAAGUAAUGAUCCAUUGGAAAUGGAGAAAGAGCCACCUGAAUGCUCCUCCAUAUUUGUAGAGCCCAUGAAGUGGAUGCAAUCAGUUGAAGAAGGUUGUGUCGGAGAUAAGCUUCAGUGCAUGGGUUGCAAGGCUCGAUUGGGUUCUUUCAACUGGGCGGGAAUGCAGUGCAACUGUGGAGCUUGGGUUAACCCUGCAUUUCAACUGCACAAAAAUCGUAUGGAUGAAUGCAGUCUAUGA